CGCUGAGGGGCUGGCCCGGCUGCGCGGCGUGCCCUACGCGGAGGCCCAGCGUGUGCUGUGCUCCUUGCCCGGGGUGGGCGCCAAGGUGGCCGACUGCGUGUGCCUCAUGGCGCUGGACAAGCCCGAAGCCGUGCCCGUGGACACCCACGUGUGGCAGGUGGCGCGGCAGCGUUACGGGCUGGAGCUGGGCACGGCCGCAAGGAGCCUGACGCCGCGGGUCUACCGGGAGACGGGUGACUUCUUCCGGCAGCUCUGGGGCCCCCGCGCGGGCUGGGCACAGGCGGUCCUGUUCUGUGCCGAGGUGACACGGCCGCAGGGGGCCCCGUGUGCCAGCGCCAGGCCCAAGCGGGGCCGAGCCUGUCACAGCCGCAGCCACCUGGGCCCCUCCUAG